ACCCCGGCUUCCGGCAACAGGAAGUACUCUACCGACACAUGCAGGGUUACACACGCAUGGUUAAAAGAUGUUGUCAACGAUGUAAUGAUGUGUGUUUGGGAGUCGCUAAAAGCUCAUAUCAUGCACAAGGGCCUGCUCUAACAUGGAGUCCUCAACAUCAGCGCCAUUAAAGGGACAGAAAAGGAAAAGCGACACACGUCAUGGGUCGGCUAAGAGGCUCAACGGAAAGCAAGAUGAAGUCGGUGAAAAUGGGGAACGUGGGCCGGCGAUGUCCGUGCUGCCCGACCACCUCCAGCGUCCUAUCUCGGGGGAGGAGCUGACGGAGCUACUGCAUUACGCUGCUCUGCGGGGAACAAACCGCAUAAAACAGCCCAGUUGGUGUCGCCUGUCCGGGAGUGUGGAAGGCAUCAAUGUGGUGGUGGUGGAGGGCGUGACCCAAAGUGACUUUUACAAACACUACGUGACUCUGAGGUGCCUGAGGACCAACUACACCACUAGAGUCACCUUCACGCCGUCCAACAGCAACCUGCUUUCUGGGAUAUUCAGCAGUGACGUCGCCACUUUGGAUGGAUCCUGUGUGGGCAGAGCAGAGAAAGAGAGCAGCAAGUUUCUCCAAGUGCUGAUGGCUCACCCGGUUGUGACCAAGUUUGGGACGAGGAGGCUCGGUCUGACGGCCUACCUGCUCCCACUGCAGGAGAUGAUCAAGCGACGUUACCCGGUCAAAGGCAUGCCGGGCUUCGAGGAGUUUACCUGCACCGACAGCGAUGACCGUGUCACAGACUCCAGUCCCCUGUUUGGACUGGACUGCGAAAUGUGUUACACAGUGCGAGGCAACGAGCUGACCAGAGUCUCCCUGGUGGACUCGGAGGGGAAGUGCGUGCUGGACCAGCUGGUGAAACCCGACAACAAAAUACUCGACUACCUCACGCGGUUUUCCGGCAUCACGGCGGCCAUGUUGCAGCCGGUCCGAACCACGCUUCGCAAUGUCCAAGCUGAGCUGAGGAGGUUGUUGCCCAGAGACGCGGUCCUGGUGGGGCACUCCGUCAAUUAUGACCUGAAGGCCCUCAAACUGAUCCACCCUCACGUGAUUGACACCUCGCUGCUGUACAGGAGAGAGUUCGGAAAGAUGUUCAAACUGAAGGUUCUGGCCGGGACCGUGCUCCGGAGGCAGAUCCAAACGGAUGAGAUAAAAGGUCACGACCCUACUGAGGACGCUUUGGCGGCAUUACAGCUGGCUCAGUACUUCAUAAGAAGUGGACCUCUGCAGGUUGUUGAGCAUCACCUGGAGGAACUUUGGGGUUUGACACUACAAGAAGAGUCCACGCAGACUGAACCAGAGCCCAGGGCGAGUAGCAGGUUUCCUGACGUGUUACGGCGACUCGGCAGGUCUGUUUCCUACCUCGGGAAGCGCUCUGACAUCACCUUACACCCGGCCAAUCAGCAGUGGCUGCCCUCUGACAAAGAAGUCGUGGCCACUUUUAGGAGGCAGGCCAAGGUUCCGUUCUUCUCCGUGCUUCACUUGUCUUCCUUUUCAAAGCAGUCCCAGAACCUGCAUCUUAAUCUGGACCACGAGGCGAGUGCCCACCUACGGGACAUGUGCGCGGUUUUCGCUGGACCACUUCCUGGGGGUUUCUCCGAGCGGGAAGUGAGGCGACUGUUCCGCUGCUGUGGACACGUCCGGACUGUCCAAAUGCUGAAUGGGACACACAGGGUUCACGCCUUGGUAAGGUUCCAGAUGUUGGAAGGCGCCGUGCUGGCACUGCAAGCUUUGAAUGGCAUCCAUUUGCAAGGACACACCUUGAAGGUACAAAGGCCAGUAAACGAGUCGACGCUGGACUUUGACGAGACUCUGGAUGCUCUGAUGAGCGACGUACUCAACACACGACGACUCUACGCGGUCAAGCUCCACCCGCUCUUCGCCCACAGCGUCUCAGGGAAGCAUGACGGACACACGUUGGACGCCCAGCGCUCCGAUGCGAAGAUAAACGGCGGCGCAUCGGCGUCUCUUCCUGCCAAGACUUCUUCGGAGUUGCGCGAGGAAACGCUCACGCAGACAUUCAGCCGCUUCGGUGCUGUGGAAAGAAUCUUUACGACCGCUAAACCUGGAAGACGAGCAAGAUACGCGUGCAUACAGUUUGAGGGUCCAGAUGGGAAAGGUGCGGCCAUCAGCGCUUCAGAAGAACUUUGGAGGGAAAACUUCCUCGUCUGUCCAUCGCUGACUCCGCCCCACAUGACAUCAUGGGCUGCUGACGAAGAGGAGCAUGAGGUGGAGAUGGAGGAGAGCAUGAUGAAGAAGCUGGACCGCCGCCUGGGGAAAGUCUUCGCGUCUCUCCCACAAUGCACCUUGUCUGCGGUGGUUUUGCUCGGAAAUCCCAGCGCUCACAACUCUUCGCCUGGUUUGUGCUUCUUGGAGUACAAGCAAAAGUCGUCCGAAGUUUUAUAGGCAUUUUUAAGCAGUUUCUGAACAAUUCUGUCAUGGAAUUAUGCAAAAAGGAAUUUGGUACAAAUAAUUAGCAGCACAUUGUUGAUGUAAGUUUGUACGAUUAAACAGUCUUUUGUACCUUA